AUGGACGACUUGCAGUACUCAUUUGCUGCCAAGCCGCGGGCGGUACAGAAUGCACGGGGAAAGCACCGCGAGAAGAAGGCGAAACCUAGCAACGCCGUGUUCAACAUCAUGAACGACCCCCGCGUAGCAAGAGGAAGCGUGUAUGCCGCAGCGAACUCGAUUCACAUCAAACGCGAGAACGCCGCGCGCGUGAGCCAACUCCCGCCCAACCAAAGGUCGAGCACACAAAAGCCCUUCAAAAUGCAGGCUAUCUUCGACACCCCGACGUCGCUCCAGACAUACUUUCCUGUUGACUUAACUGCCAACUUGAUUGAGCCAUCUCCACACGUCGACGAGACAGAGGUGUCGACCCAAACGGACUCGUUCCUGCCCAACGACAAGCACAAAAAACCAUUUGUGCUCAAGAAAACUGGCGUCGAUGUGUCGACUGAGAUCGCCGAGGCCGACAACUUGUUUGACUUUGACGAGGAAGUGGCGCCCUUGCUCACGGUACUUGUAAACAAGACGCUCAAGCAAGCUCUGUGCGAAGUCGAGUGGGAGGAAGAGCUCAAGUACAUUGCGUUGUACUUGGAGGAGCUGCACACGAAUAAAGCGCUGGACGCAGAAGCCGUGCGAGAGCUUGUCGCGCAGGCUAGAAAAGCAUACGCGAUCAAAGGAGCAGAAAAGAUCGAGCAGCGGCGGCGGCAAGAAGAGUUCAACCUGGUGGAUGAGAAGGUGGCUGCAGCGAGCUUGAGCCGCGUCCUGCUGAACCAAGUCAUGGAGGACGCGACGGCUGCGUUGACGGACCAGGGUGUGUUCUACGACCCCCUACGGCGACAAGUCGAAAACAACUUUAUGCCGUGGAUGUAUUCGACGGCCAACACCGUGGCCAGCAAGAAACAGACUGCUCGGCGCCUCGUUGAGGAUGUGGUCGGCGCCACGCUCCACCACCAGCAGAUCCUCCGAUACAUCGCAAGCCUUCACACACACGUCCAAGAGAACUCGAUCACGCUUCCCGUGGGCCACCGUCCAGCGUACGGAUUGGAAGGCAUUGGACCGAUUCCAUUCAGUCCCGUCGGUCGCGACCUGGACAAGCACAUCGACGCAUGGGUACAGGCCAAUGCUCCGCACGUGGCUCGCCCACCGCUGGGAUUCCUCGCAGACCUCGCAGGCAUCAAGUAG